UUAUUUUGAAAAUCAUGACUGAGAAAAAUCAAAGCUAAGAUUAAAAUGAACUUGCCUCCAAUGCCAUCUGAUAAUCUGAGCUAACGUUACAGAGAAAACAUGAUCAUGUCAUUUGUAAUAGCGAGAAUUAGCACCAGUCUUACUGUGACAGUCCAAAGUGAACUAACAUCAUGCUUCUGAUUAUGUUACAGGAAACUCAACUCCAGCCAUAUCUUCCCCUCAAAUAACGUUAGCUAGCAUACUUUGUUCGCUAGUAAGCUAACACAAAGCCCUAAAAAUGUUUUAAAAAAGGUCAUUAUGUACAAAAAUGUACAUUUCUAAAGGAAAUAAAAGGUUCUACCUACUUAUAUAUAUAUAUAUUGUAGGUGAUUUCUGGUAGUUUCCCCCAUUUUGUGGUUGUCACUUUUUUGUGGAAAAUUCUAGAAAAUGAAUCUUUUGUGCAACAUAUCUGUUCCUUUCCAAAGUCAAAUAUCACAUCUCAACAGAGUCAUAAACAGCUAUACAGUCUCUGGGGCGGUAAAAGGGGUACUAAACUGUAAGUCUCUGGGGUGGUAGUCUUAUUCUGUUGUAUGUGUACAAAAUGUUUCAACUGGAUUUAAAAACUGAUUUAAGGUACAUCAUUUAUUUUUAAAGUUUAGCUGUAAACACGGUUAUACAUACUGUAUAAGUACAGGAGAACUGCUACAGAGAAGUAAGUAUACUGAUUUCUUUUUGGAUAAAAAUACAGGAUAAUGCUUCAGUCAGGGAUCAAGAUAAGUACAUUUUUGUUAUUUCAUUUUUAUUAAAUUGUUGCUUAGGGAGAAACGAACUCAUCUUGCGACUCGCACGUGCCACAUGACCUGAUGUCCCGUAACCCACCCUAUUGUAAACGGUUUCACGACCUAUCCUUUUCUUUUUCUGUAAAAGCUUUUUAAUCGCCACCUGAGCUCACCUAGCAGUGCUUUUUAAAAAUUUGUAUUUUCAUUGCUGGCUGGGCAACGCUCCACUCCAUAUCACUUAAGACCAUUAAGGCUCUUAUAACGUCCGUAGAUGUGCCAUCAAACCUCGCCGUCUCUCUCACGCUUCAUAAACCUCAUUGUGCUCUCGCAGCAUUGCCGUAAUCACCACGGAUAACUAUUUCCUUCCCUUUCAAACGAAAGUCAUAUAUAAACACCAUUAAGCUGUACUGCAUACGGCUGGUGUGAGAGGAAUGGGUUUGCUCGUACUUUUAUGGUGCAACAUCGAGAGCCCAGUUUUAGAUACGAGAAAGUGCCAUUAUAGCGUCUGAAGAGGUGGAGACAAACACAGCAUUGUAUCACAGAUGUUCUGAGUAGUGGACAGCCACAGACGGGCUAAAAAGCAAACCUUUACUGUCUUUUUGUUCUCUAUCUUUCUCUUUUAGUUGUUAAGAGUCAUAAUAGAAAUGUACUGUAUCUUACAGAGCAGGAAGUCCAUUAUGCUUCAUCAUAGAUGUUUAUUUAAUUCAAUUUUCCAUAAUAUAGAGUGAUGUCCAAAAAUCUGAAACCAUCUGAGACCUUCUAAAGCGAAUGAAAAAACUGUAGGUCCCUGUUAAGUGUUUCGCCUAAUCUCUUCUGUUGACGCGUGUAUUCAGAGAGCACACCGAUGGAUUUGAUGUCACACGGAUCAUCAGGUUUUAUGUCAUUAAAGCCAAAAAGGGGACGAGCAACUGCUAAGAAAUUCAUGGAAAUAUUCCUGAGUCUUCUCAAGUUAUUGCUGAUAAUGCAACUUCUGAUUAAAAUGUUUUGUGUUCAAUUUAAAAGGGAAUACGAGACAGGAGCAUUUUCACUAGUGCCCUCAGACCCUGCUGUAUAUAAAUAUAAACCACAUAAAAGAAGAAAAGAAAAAAACAAUUCAGCCAUCACUUUAUUUCAGCCUCAUGGUAAAGUAAAUUAAGUGUUUAGUGGCUAAGUGGGAAAUAUCUUUUGCGGAUUUGUAUGUAUCGAUAAUCUUUAAAAAUAAUUCUAAAAAGAAGCUCUGAAUUGCCUGUAAAGCGGUACACUAAAAUAUGAUUAAUGGUACAUCACAUGCACUUUCCUAGGUUAAAAAGACAAGUCUUUUAUUUUUUUAACUAAAGGCUAGCAUAGCUAACAGAACAGAAACAGAAACAGCCUUUAUUUGUCACAUAUACAUUACAGCACAGUGAAAUUCUUUCUUCGCAUAUCCCAUCCUUGGAGGUUGGGGUCAGAGCGCAGGGUCAGCCAUGAUACGGCACCCCUGGAGCAGAGAGGGUUAAGGGCCUUGUAAGACAAAGUAGUUAGUAUUGUGCAAACUAGAUGCUAAAAUCAUCAUUGCCUCCAGACAGUUUGUUUUUCUAAAUAAUGCCAUUUAUACAUAAAUAGAUUAGUUCGAAUAGAACUAGAAUAAUAGAAAUAGAAUAUAUUUAACAUAAUAAAAAUAGAAUUUGGAUGAAAUGAAAAUUGUGUUGCGCAGAAUAUUGUGCUGGUCCCCCUUUUGCUGCCAAAACAGCCCUGACCCGUCCUGCACUGUGUAUUCUGACCCCUCUCUAUCAGAACCAGCAUUAACUUGUUCAGUAAUUUGAGCAACAGUAGCUCGUCUGUUGGACCGGAUCACACAGGCCAGCCUUCACUCCCCACGUGCAUCAGUGAGCCUUGACCGCCCAUGACGCUGUCUCCGGUUCGCCACUGUUCCUUUCUUGGACCACUUUUGAUAGAUACUGACCACUGCAGACCAGGAACACCCCACAAGAGCUGCAGUUUUGGAGAUGCUCUGAUCCCGUGGUCUAGCCAUCACAAUUUGUCCCUUCGUCAAACUCGCGCAAAUCCUUACACUUGUCCAUUUUUCCUGCUUCUAACAUCAACUUUGAGGACAAAAUGUUCACUUGCUGCCUAAUAAAUCCCACCCACUAACAGGUGCCAUGAUGAGGAGAUCAUCAGUCUCAUUCACUUCACCUGUCACUGGUCAUAAUGUUUUGGCUGUAUGUGCACACUAUGUUUUAGAUGGCUUACAGUUUUCAGAGACUAAAUGCAUAUUUUUAAAAAAAUAUCUUUAUUUAAGUUCUAUUACAGUGUAUGUAAAGUACUAUAACAUGGAGUUGUUCAUCUUUUUUUUUUUUAGUUAUUGUACAUGUUUUAUUUUGUUACAAUGUGAACUGAACUGAGUUCUAAUCCUGGAGCACACUGAACACGUUUUGGUGUUUCCCCCGUUUCCAACUCAUUAACAAGCCUGGACCAGAUUAAACUGGGUGACUCACGACAGGAAAAAACACCAAACUGUGCAGACCAGUGGUUCUCCAGGGCCUUGGCUAUUUCAGGGCAUUUUCUCUCUCUGUGCUGGUGAUAUGUGGUUGCUCAGCGUCCAUCCCAAUGUACAUUUCGCUGCUAAUUGAGAACUUUGUCACACUCCAUGAUAAUUGGUUUACUUCGAACAUCUUGGUUUUAUUUAACCACGAGGGCUUUAGUUUAAUGGACCGACAGCAGGCGUACCUAAUGGUAGGUAAACUCAGAGGGACGUGGGGCAACAGGUAGAGAGGAAAAUGUGUUCUGGUGAUUGUUGCUGGUGUCCAUAACAGUCCGUACACGAGAGUUAAAGUUAAAUGGGCCGUUUGAUGUGACAUUUUGUAAAUCUCAGGCGUUGCCGUGAGCGUAUGAAGCAGGUCUCGUGACUCAUGGCUUACUUUUUCUGUUUUCUAACCUUGGUUUGAUUUUCUCAAAACAACAACCACAAAAAAAAUGAAAAAUUAAAUGGUGAACAGCUUAACAUGAAACUUCCCAGUGUGGUUUGUUGUUCAUCUCUUUGCAUAUGUGUCACUUCAGCUUCUUGCCUUCGUCCAUCGUGUCUUGAUAAAGAAAUUUAGACUGCAUGAUAACAGUCCUUUUUUGCAAUAAGAGAUCUAGCUCAUCCAAGACCGCCUCCAAUUUUGGUGAAACGUGUACUAGUUGUAGUAUUUAAGCUGCUCAAGACAUUAGCGUCUCGUCAGCACAUAAAGCAGAUGCAAGAGUCUUUCUCUGUCUCUCACUUUGUGUCUCUUCAAUCGUCCUAGACAACUGCAGGUGUAGCCUUGAUAAGUCAUGGGCAAACAGAGAUGUUUGUUAAAGCCAUUGAUCUGAACACGGCCGGUCCUGUUCAAUUAUUGGCGAGCCCCGAAGGAGACACGAAUGAAAAGUUGUUGUCGGCUCUUUGUGUAAACAGUGACACCAAUGGCUAAGGUGAAGCAGGGUCACAUGGUGCCGGUGACACACCUACUGGAGGCCCUAAAGCGGCGCCAGUGGCGCAGGUACAGCACAGGAGUCUAAUGCACAGGGACAGGACGCUGUUCCCGCACUGUGUAUUACAGGCAUGAAUCGGGAAGAACAUUUCUACUCAGCUAGUCAACUGUACAAGGACUCCUGUGCCUAUCAGAGGCCACACAAUGAGGAGUAUAGCCCAAGCCCGCCGCCGUGCCUUUACAUGACCAGGCAGAACCAAUCUGUUUACGCUUCUCCAGCCUUAGGCACCCAGGACCAACACAGCCAUCUUCCCGAUAUCACGACUUAUGUGUCCGGACGAGAAGACCUGGCAGUGCCUCACCUGCACCACACGCAAGUCCAACAGCUGCCUCUCCAACCUUUCCCGGGUUACGGGGACUCUCUGGACCUGUGCUCAGAACGAAAUAGGUGCCAUCUUCCUUUCCCUUGGAUGAAAUCGACAAAAUCUCACACGCAUGCUUGGAAAGGACAAUGGACAGGUGCGUACGCGGCGGAGCCCGAGGAGAGCAAGCGCACGCGCACGGCCUACACGCGCGCGCAGCUGCUCGAGCUGGAGAAGGAGUUCCUCUUCAACAAGUACAUCUCGCGGCCGCGGCGGGUCGAGCUCGCGCUCACGCUCAGCCUCACCGAGCGCCACAUCAAGAUCUGGUUCCAGAACCGGCGCAUGAAGUGGAAGAAGGAGGAGGACAAGCGGAGGGCGCGCGGCACGGACCCCGAGCAAGACUCCUCCGUCACUUCCGGCGACCUUAGGGACGACGCGUGUGGCACGCACGCGACACCUCCUUCACCUCUGCAGUCACACACCGCGCCUCCGGUUCCGCGAGACCCCGCCUGAGCCCUGGAGCGGUGCUGGCAUUCAGGACCUUGUUCAGAAAUACUAAAAACUCUUGGACUCUAGUUUGUAAAUAAAAGCUAUAGGUGACGUCACCACCAGUGCUUUGUCCAAAAUGAGUGCAGAGGAGGGUGAACACUGCUAAAGUGGGACACGGUUGACAAUAGCACCUUGGUAUUUUCU